AUGGAAAUUAGUUUGAGAGUGCAAGCUUAUUCCAUUAGGAAAAGAUUUUUUCACCAUAAACUAGAUAAUGAAAUUGAUCGAAACUACAUCAAAGCAGGAGAAUUGGAAGUGAAUUAUCAAGUUCUCAGAUUAAGAAAUUGGGUAUCUAAUUUUCGUCCUGCUAAUGUUAGAACAUCUAAAUCUCAAGUGUGGAUUCGUUUUCCUGGUUUGGGUCUUGAAUUCUGGAAGGAGAAAAUAUUAUUUGAAAUCUGUAAGGAGAUAGGCACUCCAAUCAAGAUAGAUGCAGCUAUUGCAAAAUGUGAGGUUGGGUAUUAUGCUAAUGUUUUGGUUGAGUUAGAUUUUUCUCAACCAAUUCCUAGUAAGAUUUGGAUUAACACAAAAUUUGGAGGUUUCUUUCAAGAUGUCCUCAUUCAUGAAUGUCCAAAAUUCUGUUCCACUUGCAAAAUAGUAGGGCAUCUUGUUACUGAAUGUUAUGUGGAAAGAAAUAAAAACAAAACCCCUGCUACUAAUGUCAAUGCUCAUAAGCCAUCUUCUCAAGGUACUAAAUCAUCUUCACAGGGUACUAAUUCUCAAGGUACUAAAUCAUCUCCAUAG